AUGAAAAAGCGAGCCGAUCUUCAAGCGAAACUGCAAUCUCUUCUUCGCCCUGUCAACGAAACCAGCAGAUCGACAAGAGUUGUUAACCUCUCUAAAAGGAGUCUAACAUCCGCUGAACUUAGUCUACUAUCUAGAGGAACAAAAUUCAGCCACUCUGACGCUGCGCCCACAAACUUCUUAGCGAGCCUUGAAUCUAUUUUACUGACCUCUGCUGUGGCUGAAGAAAUGCGCGCAGACAUACGCAGCUGUGCCACUGGUCUCCUUCGACAAAGGAAGCACCACCAAGUCUUACCAAUCGAUGAAGAAAAAGGACUACAGUCGCUUAGGACGGACGACAGCAUUGUGAUUGUGUCUGCUGACAAAGGUGGCGCGACCGUCGUCAUGGAAAAGAGUGAUUACGUCAACAAGGCGAACCAAGUCUUUAACGACAGGGAAGCCUACACACCACUCGCGGAGGACCCGACUAAAAAGCAAGCCGCAGCUGUAAAAAAGAAGGUGAAUGAGCUCACUCGACUGAAACUCAUAACCCCCGAUGACUCCAGAUGUAUGACUCUCAACGACCCCCGAAUAGCCCAUGCAUAUGGCUUCCCAAAGGUGCACAAAGAAGGUGCGCCAUUGAGGAUCAUUGUGCCGCUUAUUGGAUCGCCCACCUACAACCUCGCUAAAUGGUUAUACAGGCACCUGAAGCACCUCACCAAUGGAUCACAAUAUAGCAUCAAAAACUCUCAGGCAUUCCUCCAGAAGAUCCAAGGCCUGAAAGUAAGUCCUGAUGAGUGUAUUCUAUCGUUUGAUGUGGUUGCCCUGUUUUCCUCAAUACCACAUGACCUAGCGAUUGAGAGCGUAACCCGACGCCUGCAAGAUAAUCCAACCAACAUUCCGAUAGAACACAUUUCAGAACUUCUUAGACUCUGUCUCAAGAACUACUGCCAACUCGAUGGAAAGUUUUAUCAACAGGUUAGGGGCACACCAAUGGGCUCGCCAAUAUCAGGUCUACUAGCUGAACUAGUACUACAACAACUAGAAGAGGAGGUUAUGCAAACCUUUAAACCAAAAAUGUGGCUCAGAUACGUAGAUGAUACGUUUGUUAUCAUGAAGACCUGCGAAAUUGAGCAGCUACAUCUGAGUCUGAAUAGCGUCUUCCCAGCUAUCCAGUUUACUUGCGAAAAGGCAACAGGAGGCAUUCUCCCGUUUCUAGACGUUAGUAUCCAAACACUAAGUGAUGGCGGCCUUGCAAAAAGCGUCUACCGAAAAGACUCCAGUGCUGACGUCAUUCUUAAUUAUGAAAGCAACCAUCCGGCGGCUCAUAAAAGGAGCUGUGUCCGAACCCUUUUCCACCGGGCCUAUCGGUACUGCAGCAGCGACGAUCUACGCCAGAAAGAACUCGCUUUCCUGUAUCGGUUAUUCCGACUCAACGGAUACCCGGUCAGCUUUGUAAAAAAUUGUCUCAGGCAUCAAAGACAACCACAAGGCUUUGGUUCUAAUGAGGGACCAGAACAUCGGAAAUUCUACUCGCUACCCUACAUGCAGGGUAUUUCCGAAGCGAUCGCCCGACAACUAAACCGGUUUGGCAUCUUCAUUGCCCACAAGCCGGCGUCCUCUGUGCGCGUAACACUAUCGCGAGUGAAAGACCCUAUACCUAAAGAGCAGCAAACCAAUGUCAUCUACCGCAUUCCGUGCGCCAACUGUUCUUGCGACUAUGUUGGUCAUACAGGCCGACGACUUGGGACGCGUAUAAACGAGCAUAAACUAGCCAUCCGCCGACGUGACCCUUUGUCACUCGUGUUUGCACACGCCCUUGAAUGCGACCAUCGCUUCAACUGGGAAGGAACUGAAGUUGUUGCCAUGGCGAACACCAAACACGCUCGUGAAUUCCGCGAAGCCUGGCACUCUAACACGACAAGCAUCAAUCGCCAUGUCGAUCUAGAUGCUCAUUACGAAGGUCUGCGUGCCCGGCUCACUGACUUGCGCCCACGACCUAACAAGAGCCGCUUAUCCACACUGGGCCAUGUAGAAUCGCACUAUUUCGUUACCCCAUUACACCCCCAGACACAGCGAACCGCAACUGCAACCCGUAACACCUCUACGUUGGGCUCACUGACCUCCGCCCGCAUGCCGGAUCGACGACUAUUAAGCCCACUGCCCAUAGUUCCAUUGAUUCGUCAUCCCCCCUACCCUCCAACACAGGGAGACGCAACAGUUCCCCCUUCCCUCCCCCGCCACGGAUCCCAGCCUAAUUAUCUGUCCACCCCCAUUCACACAUUAGUUGCUUGCCUGUCACUGGCUGCCCUGUCACGCCAGCAAAUUUAUUCUGACUAG